AUGCAAGUACCUCUGAUCAGACUCCAGUGCGGCAAAGUCGGUACAUCAUCAGCGGCAGCCAAAUAUGCCUCAGCCACGCCCUCAAGUGAGCUCUCAAUAGAAGCAGAGAAGCCAUAUGCGGAGCUAUGGAUGGGCACGCACCCCUCAAACCCAUCCAAAGAUGUAGAAACAAAACGAACGCUGCUCGAUCUCGUACAAGAUAACAAAGCCUUGCUCUCCGAGAACAUUGGCAAGCGCUAUGGGGAGAAGCUGCCUUUCUUGUUCAAAGUCCUUUCCAUAAGGAAGGCGUUGAGCAUUCAGGCACAUCCGAAUAAGAAGCUGGCUGAGCAACUACAUGCGAAGGAUCCAAAGAACUAUCCAGAUGACAACCACAAGCCCGAGAUGACCAUAGCCAUCACACCUUUUGACGGUCUCUGCGGCUUCCGCCCGCUCCAAGAAAUCUCCCACUUCCUCUCCACCGUCCCUUCACUCCGUAGCCUGGUCGGCGAGACCGCUGCCCAGAACUUUCAAGAUGCAGUCAAGGGCAAGGAGACGCCCGACUCGGAGGACCUCAUUCAAGGCAACAAGAAGGCUCUCCAGGCCAGCUUCACCGCUCUGAUGCAGAAUGACAAGUCCGCUGUCGCAUCAGCUACCAAAGACUUAGUAGCAGCUGCCCAAAAAGAAGGUUCUCAAUUUGCAGGAGAAGGCGGGCCCUCGAAUACGGGCAAAGAGCUUGCAGAUCUAGUCGUCCGCCUGAAUGGGCAAUUUGAGGGCGAUAUCGGAUUAUUUGUGCUCUUCUUCCUCAACUACGUCAAGCUUGAGGUUGGGGAAGCCAUGUUCUUGAAGGCUGAUGACAUCCACGCCUAUCUCAGUGGUGACAUAAUCGAAUGUAUGGCCUCCUCCGACAACGUCGUCCGCGCUGGAUUCACCCCCAAAUACCAAGACAUCCCGACACUUACUACAAUGCUAACCUACUCGUACGCGCCCAUCUCCUCGCAAAAAAUGUCCCCCGUGGACUACCCCUACGUCACCCUCAACAGCACCGCCUACUCCUCCAACUCCGCCUCAACGCUCUACGACCCGCCCAUCGAAGAAUUUAGCGUCGUGAAAACGGAUCUUCUAGCUAAGGGCGCAAAGGCGACGUUUGAGCCAAUUCAAGGUCCGAGUGUGCUGAUUUGUACCGCAGGGGAGGGGACGAUUAGCGUAGGGCCGAAGAAGGAGGAGAUGAAAGAGGGAUUCGUGUUUUUUGUGGGGGCGACGGCGGAAGUUGUGCUGGAGAGUGCGGGGCAGGGUUUUACGACUUUUAAGGCGUUUUGCGAGCUGGAGGAGGGGAAGGAGUCGGUAAAUGGGGCGAAAUAG